AUGCCUCUGAAGCGCACGCCCCCGCAAACUCCAACAAAUUCGUCCCCACUUCCACGGCCUGAGGCGACGGUCAUGUCUGCGCUGCUGCACGAUGACCGCAGUACCCUGCAGUCUUCCAAAGCAGAAAUCAGUAUGCAUCCAAAUCCUGUGAUAAUUGAUGCAGCUACAACUUCUCAACCCCCAACAACGCUAUUCGCGCCUAGGCUCCCACCUCACUUUUCGGGGUCGGACUCGGCCUUAAAUAAACAUGAAAAUGUGACUGUUAGACCGAAACGCAAAUUUGUCAGUGAAGAGGAAAGCAGCAUGAGGGACUUCAUGCAAGAAAUGAAGAAUAUGUUUGUAACGUUUGAGGAGUCACAGAAUCAAAAAUACGCAUACCUUCAAAGUACCCUGAAUGAAAUUAAAGAAAAAAACUUGGAGAUAGCGAAUUCGCUUGACUUCUUAAGUCAAAAAUAUGACGAGAUAAUUCUCAAAGUCUCAAAGCUGGAAGCUGACUCAAAGAACUCACAGAGCCACAUACAAGGCCUUGAAGCAAAAAUUGAACACCUUGAAAGAAAAGCCCGCCUUUGUGCUGUUGAGAUUCGUAACAUUCCUAAAAUAAAUCCCAAUGAAACAAAAGAGGAUUUGUGUAAAACUGCACAAAUAAUAGGCGAGGCUGUGGACGUGCAGAUAAAAUCUGAAGAAAUCAAGGAUAUUUAUCGAUUAAGCUCAAAGCAAGAGUCUGCAAAGCCCAUUGUGGUAGAAUUUACAACGCUCCUCAAAAAAGAUAAAUUACUUAGUUCCAUAAAAAGCUAUAACAGACAAAAUGGAAACAAUAAAUUGAACACGACCAUUUUAAAAAUGUCUUGCCCCGAUAGACCUAUUUAUGUAAGUGAAGCAUUAACCUUCAAGGCCAAGAGACUGUAUUAUCUCGCCAGAGAGUAUGCUAAGAUAAAUGAUUAUCAGUUUUGCUGGACUUCAAAUGGAACAGUCCAACUUAGAAAAAGAGAAAAUGGCCCGAUAAUUAGGAUCAACUCAGAGGAAGAUUUCCCAAAAACUGACAAAUGA